CAAAGCAUUGACUAGUUUCAACAUAUCCUUGCUUGGAGAGAAUAUUGGAACUUGGACUACAUUUUUUUUUAUGGAAUAACGAAUUCUGUAAAUCAACAUCUUAAGGAAAGGACCGCUCCCACGUUGAUGAUGAUGGAUAGAAGAUUAUCGGUCUCUGCCUUCGUUCUCUCCUCGGUUUUCUUUCUUGUUCUCCCUCGUAACACAUAUGGAGACAUGGGCUACUCUGCUCCCGAGGAAGCGAAGCGUGGAUUUGUCAUUGGAAAUAUAGCCAAAGAUCUCGGGCUGGAUGCGAAGAGAUUAUCUGAUCGCAAAGCUCGGUUGGAUAUGGAUGGCAUCAGUCAACGUUAUUGUGACAUCAACCUCGCGGCUGGCAACCUUAUUGUGACGGAAAGAAUAGAUAGAGAGGAGCUGUGUGGUUCGAAGCUUACGUGUGCACUAAAAUAUGAGCUUGUGCUUGAAAUCCCUCUGGAGCUGCAUCGUAUUACUGUGCAAAUUCAAGACGUAAAUGACAAUUCACCUCGUUUCUCCAAUGAACGCAUGAAUCUAGAAAUAAGGGAAUCGGCUGACAAAGGGGAGCGUUUUCCCUUGGACGAAGCUCAUGAUUCGGACAUAGGAUUAAACACCGUGCAAAGCUAUACGCUCGACAGGAAUGAACAUUUUGUUUUGGCCGUUCAUACAAAUAGUGAUGGUAGGAAAUACAGUGAGUUAGUGUUAGAAAAAGAGCUGGAUCGAGAAAAGCAAGAGGAGGUGGCGUUGUUACUUACUGCUGUUGAUGGUGGGACUCCGCAGAGAUCUGGUACUGUAGUUAUACACGUCACUGUGUUGGAUGCUAACGAUAAUAAACCAGUGUUUAGCCAGGACGUUUAUAGAGUCAGUCUGACAGAAAAUUCCCCUGUAGAUUAUGUAGUGGUAACUGUCAGCGCCACCGACGCAGAUAAGGGUGCAAAUGGGGAAGUGACGUAUGAAUUCAGUAGUAUAUCUGAUAAAGCAUCGACAGUGUUUUCUAUAGACAAAGGGACUGGUGUAAUCAGAGUCGUCGGACCUGUGGACUUUGAGGAGAGGACAGAUUAUGAAAUGCACGUCCAAGCCAAAGAUGGGUCAGGGUUAGCUUCUAACACAAAAGUAAUCAUAGAUAUAACCGAUAUAAAUGAUAAUGCACCCGCGAUAUUCAUUAAAUCACUGAGCAAUCUCAUCCCCGAGAACGUGUUACCUGGAACAGAGGUGGGCAUCAUCAAUGUACAGGAUAAAGAUUCAGAGGGAAAUAGACAGGUCCGCUGCUCCAUUCAACAAAAUGUCCCUUUCAAAUUAAACCCCUCAAUCAAAAACUAUUAUUCUUUGGUAACAACAAGUGAAUUAGACCGAGAGAAAAUAUCAGAUUAUAACAUAACUAUUACUGCCACUGACGAGGGGUCUCCACCUUUAUCCUCCUCAACGACGAUUCAUGUAUCUGUGUCAGACGUGAAUGACAAUCCUCCUGCAUUUGAAGAACAAUCCUACAGUUCCUAUGUGACUGAAAAUAACAAGCCGGGCUCCUCUAUGUGUUCUGUUACUGCCAGAGACCCAGACUGGAGACAGAACGGCACAGUGGUCUAUUCUCUAUUGCCUAGUGAUGUGAACGGUGUUCCGGUGUCCUCAUUUCUAUCCAUCAACGGAGACACGGGGGUGAUCCAUACUGUAAAAUCAUUUGAUUAUGAGCAGUUUAGGAGCUUCAAAGUCCACGUUGUAGCCAGAGACAAUGGUUCUCCUCCAUUCAGCAGUAACGUGACAGUGAGUGUCUUCAUAACAGAUGAGAAUGAUAACUCUCCCCAGAUAUUAUACCCUGCUCCAACAGGGAACUCCUUGAUGACCGAGAUGGUCCCCAAAGCUGCUCUGGCGGGGUCCCUGGUUUCCAAGGUGAUAGCUGUGGAUGCUGACUCUGGACAGAACGCGUGGCUUUCAUAUCACAUCGUGAAAUCGACUGAUCCGGGACUUUUCACUGUUGAUCUCCACAGCGGAGAGAUCAGGGCACAGCGGGACAUUUCUGAAUCUGACAAUAUGAAGCAGAACCUUGUUAUAUCAGUGAAAGAUAACGGACAGCCCUCUCUCUCUACAACCUGUGAUGUAUAUUUACUCAUAUCAGAUAACUUGGCUGAAGUUCCAGAACUGAAAGACAUGGCUUAUGAGGAUAGUUCCAAACUAACUUCCUAUUUGAUCAUUGGUCUGGUCUCUGUCUCCACCUUUUUCCUGACUUUCAUUAUUCUCAUCCUAGCCUUGAGGUUCUGCCGCAGUAGAAAGCCUAGAAUGUUGUUUGAUGGAGCAGUCGCCAUUCCCAGCGCGUAUUUCCCUCCCAACUAUGCAGAGGUGGAUGGAGCUGGAACUCUGCGCAGUUCUUACAAUUAUGACGCAUACCUGACAACGGGCUCACGCACCAGUGACUUCAAGUUUGUGAGAUCUUACAAUGACAGCACCUUGCCUGCUGAUCUUACACUUAAGAGGAGUCAAAUCGAGUGUUUGGGAGAAAGUAUAAUCAAUCUAAACAACGUGGGGAAUACUGAGGUGAGAUAA